CCUUAUCAUUAAGGUAAGCGCAGGUCAAUAGAGAAAGCAAAAUCAAUAACGAAAAGCACAAGAGCUGCUGACGCUGCAAAGCAAAGCUCUAAAGAGAAGCCUUAAACUUUUCUUUCUCUGAAAUAUAGGCCAAGUCGUUGGGCACUUUUCCUGUUGGAAUUUGCAGUUAUAAAAAAUGAGUACACUAGAUACAACUAGAGCCGAGCUUGCUCUUGUUGUUUUGUAUUUGAAUAAGGCUGAAGCCAGAGACAAGAUAUGCAGGGCUAUACAAUAUGGCUCUAAAUUCUUAAGUAAUGGACAGCCUGGUACUGCCCAAAAUGUUGACAAAAACACCAGCUUAGCCCGGAAAGUUUUCCGUCUUUUUAAGUUUGUGAAUGACUUGCAUAGUCUUAUUAGCCCAGUUCCCCAAGGAACUCCCCUUCCUCUAGUUCUGCUGGGAAAGUCCAAAAAUGCCUUAUUGUCAACCUUCUUGUUUCUGGAUCAAAUUGUUUGGCUUAGCAGAUCGGGCAUUUAUAAGAACAAAGAAAGUGCUGAGUUGAUGGGGCGGAUAUCUCUUUAUUGUUGGAUGGGUUCCUCAAUUUGUACCACCUUGGUUGAGAUUGGGGAGCUGGGUAGGCUUUCUGCAUCUAUGAAGAAAUUAGAGAAAGAUCUUAAGAACAGUGAUAAGUAUCAAAAUGAGGAAUACCGUGCUAAACUUCAAAAAUCAAAUGAUAGGUCCCUUGCCCUCGUCAAAGCAGCCAUGGACAUUGUGGUGGCUGUUGGACUGCUUCAAUUGGCACCCAAGAAAGUUACCCCUCGUGUAACUGGAGCCUUUGGAUUUGUUUCUUCUCUCAUCUCUUGUUACCAGUUACUUCCAUCUCCAGCAAAAGCCAAGGCAAACUGAAACAGAAGCUUGUUCUUUUCAACAAAAGCUUGGAUGUCAUUGAAAUAAUUGUUCAAAUGAAAUGUUUGGUGUAAGCUUUAGAGCAACCUGCCGCCUUGUAGGGUGACAUUAAAUUAAACAUUUUAGCAACUUUGUCAUCACUUGUUACAGUUUUACUGUGUCUAUUUAUAGGGGCAAUAAUAUAUAUUGUUUUUUCA